AUGACUUCUUUGAAAUCCCUCUCGAUCGUACUUUCCAUUGGCUUGGUACAGUACGCUUCUGCUUUCACACUAUGGCCAUUGGUAGAUCCUCAGGGGCUCUCCGGCGUUCUUAACAUUUCUACCACAUGUAUUGCUGCCUUGAACACAACAUUAGAUUGUGAACCGAACCUGUUUCAAUGGACUUCCAACGUGGACAACAUCUACUGGAGCUCAAGCAACGCAUCUGAUCUCUGUACCACAAGGUGUAUUGAAUCUAGUCGUAAAUGGGUUGAUGAAGUUGGCGGGUCCUGUGACGGCGAGUUCCUCCGCUCAGGAGAUCGUGAAGUUGACGCGGAAACGCUUGCAACCCGGUUCGUCGCUGGUCUUGACAUUGCAUGUCUAAAGUCCUCCUCCAACCAAUGGUGCUUUGUUGAGUCUCAAGAAUGGGUUGGCUCCGAUGUCAUCCGACCAGACUGCAAUGCCGACCCUUCUGACCCCUGGUGCAUCAAUCCAGCCAAUGUAUCCGCCGAAAACAGUCGCAUGGCCAACAUCUACGACGAUGACCUCCUAUGCUCAGAAUGCUUUUUGAAGCUGAUGCAUGCUCGCAUCUCAUCGGAGUUUCUGCCUGACGAAGACCACUCCGACUACCUUGUUCAGGAGUUCCAGGACAUCCAGAAUGUCUGCCAAACCACUAUUGCAGCCAACAUAGCGACGAGAUCACUACCAAACUACAUGGUCGUCCUGACUCCAACGCCAUCGUUUGUGGAAGGACCGGGAGAAGUUUUCGAGCCAGAACCAGAAGCAACUCAGAUGUCCUGCGCGGCAGAUCAGAUAGUCAUCAAUGUCAUGGGCACUACGUCCAACAACAGCAUGCAAGCUUGCAAUGACAUUGCACGCCAGUACAACGUGUCGACUGGGAGUCUCGUAUAUCUCACCCAAAACGAGGCCUGCUACGUUGAAGAUCAAGAGAUCUGUGGUCCUCGCGGUUGCUCGCUUUUCCACGUAACCAAAGGCCAAACCUGCACCUCCAUUGCAGCCGCCGUGUCCGAAGGCACCAACCCCAUCAACGGCGCCCAACUAGCAACCUGGAAUCCCAACAUCCUAGGCGCCUGCGACCACCUCGUCGAAGACCAAUACAUCUGCGUCUCCCGCCCCGGCGGCUCCUACAUCCCCCCCUCCAACUCCAGCCUCCCAGACGACAACGACGGCCCCAUCCGCGGCGGCCCCGGCAGCACCCCCACCCUCGAAAUCAUCGACAACCCUUCCACCCCGAUCUCGCCCUGGCUCCUGCACGAAGGCACCCCCAAAGAAUGUACCCGCUACGUCCUCGUCAGCGCCGGCGCAAACUGCUGGAAAGUCGCCAACGACGCCCGCAUAACGCAACCGCGGCUCUUCGAACUAAAUCCCGUACUCGGUCCCACCGGUGAAUUCUGCAAUACAAUGAUUUGGAAGGAUUAUUAUUACUGUGUUGGGGUGAAUGGGGAGGGCGCUCCGAUUACUACUUCGCGUCCCGCAACUGGUACUCUGUCGAGUGCUACUCGUACCUCGACCACGGAAAGUGUACCCAAACCGACAAAUACGCAAGCAGGCCAGCCUGCUUCUUGCAAUAAAUGGCACACAACUGGCGAUGGGGCGAGCUGCUGGGCCAUCAUCACCGACUCAGGCGUCGCAGCAUCGGAUUUCUAUGCUUGGAACCCGGUUCUGGGGUCGCAGGGCGAAAACUGCGGUACGCAGAUUUGGCCAGGGUAUUCAUAUUGUAUUGGUGUUUCGGCUGUGGCUGCACCUACUCCUACUGCCUCUGCGUCUCGCACUUCGACGACGUCGGCGCCGAGUACGACGGGUCCGGCUAAGCCGAGUGAGACGCAAGCGGGGAUCGUGGGGAACUGCAACAAGUUUGUACGAGCGGGUGAUGGGGAUGGGUGUUGGAAGCUUGCGAAUGAUGCAGGGAUUGAGAGCGCAUUGUUCUACAAGUGGAAUCCAGUUGUUGGCGCCAAUGGCGAGAAUUGUGGGACGCAGAUUUGGCCAGGGUAUUAUUAUUGCGUUGGGGUUAGUGGAUAG